AAGAUGGCCACGUUGGAUCAAUGAAACGCGAGUAAUCGUAGUGAAAACACAAAUUGACAAGUGUGCGGGCGAACAUCGCGGCUUGUAUCGCGGUGUAAAUGGACCAUGGGCAAGGACCAGGAGCUGCUCGAGGCAGCAAGGAGCGGCAACGUCACCGUGGUCGAGAAGAUCCUCGGCCAGCGAGCCAAGAGGAGUGGUCCACUGGCAAGUUUACGUCGAGGACCAGGUGCUAAUGUGCAAGACGCCAGUGGAUAUUCAGCUCUUCAUCAUGCAGCCCUGAAUGGACAUAGAGACGUGGUCAGAUUGCUGCUCCAAUAUGAGGCUUCCACCAAUGUCGUCGAUGCUAAAGGUUCCUCACCGCUUCAUUUAGCAGCUUGGGCUGGAGACGCGGAAAUUGUACGAUUAAUUCUCAAUCAAGGUCCAUCGGUACCAAAAGUGAAUCUUGCGACAAAGGAUAACGAAACUGCAUUGCAUUGUGCCGCGCAGUACGGGCACACGGAAGUGGUGGCACAGCUGUUGCAAUACGGAUGCGACCCUAGUAUCCGCAACAGCCGCGGAGAAUCGGCGCUCGAUCUCGCCGCGCAAUAUGGCAGAUUGGAAACUGUGGAGUUGCUCGUGCGAACGCAUCCUGAAUUAAUCGAAUCACUUCGUAAUUCUUCCUCAUCUCUGAUCUUCCCGCAUACACCAUUGCAUUUAGCUUCACGCAAUGGCCACAGAGCGGUCGUGGAGGUCCUCCUUGCCGCUGGAGUUGACGUCAAUACGAGAACGUCAGCGGGCACCGCGAUGCACGAGGCCGCGCUUUGUGGAAAGAUGGAAGUGGUACGGGCGCUUUUAGAUCGCGGAGUGGAUUUGGGCAUUAGGGAUUCUCGGCAAAACACGGUGCUUGAUCUUCUGGGACAGUUUCCGCCGCACGUCACGCAAGAUAUCACAGCGGUGAUAAAAAGGCAUCGGUCUUCCUCCGGUGUGGAAAGUGACGCCGAUAGCGAGAACUUGCCGCCAAUUCCGGUGCAGGGUGGCGACUCGUUGGGCAGCCCCUACGAAAAUGUUCGUCCGGAGGAUGAUCUUUCCCCCGCGGAAGGGACGUCGCCUACUCAAUGGCAGUUCUAUCAUAAGCCUCGGGACGACGAUCGUCGCGUUUCCGGCACAUCCGUCAUGUCAUUGGGCUCCGACAGCGGACUGUACCAAACUCCACCCGUGCCACGCGGCACAAUGGAGGGUAGCUUCGUGUCGGAGGACCUGUCCUUGACAUUGCCCACGGGAUACGGGGGCGGCAGAGAGUCCGACCAAUUGAGCGUAUCGUCAUCCUCGAGCGUCGGCGGACCGAGCCCACGGGACCGUCGUUGUUUGCCCAACGAUUCCAGCGCUGCUGGGAUUUACUUGCCAAUGGCACCCCUGUCCAGCUCGCUACACAGCCCCGCUUCCAACAAUAAAGUCUCGCCGACACCGCCCAAGAAGCCACCUAGACGAAAUCUCUCGGUAUCCCCGACGCACCUGCAAACGCAGAUGUCUUUAUCAGCCGACAGUUCGGUAGGGCCGAGCAAUUACGAGUACUUGUUCCUGGCGCGCAGCGGUGCGCGAAGUCACAUCGAUCUUGAGCAGCUGCAGAAACGGCGCGAUCAGCUGCGACACGUUACGCGUAGCGUGGACCAGUACGUGGAGAUGAAGUCGCGGUUGGUCGGAACGGAUGAGAAGCGCGAGCCCGGCGUGGAGCCGGUAGCCAUAACGUCCAUCUACGAGAACCGGCCGAUCAAGAUGCUGAACCCGCGGAGGAAAUUACGCAGGCACGCGUACGAUAACUACGAGCCGGAGAGCAGCCCGUACGCCGACAAAUCACCCUGCAGCGACGGUGACGCGGUGAUCCAUGAGCAGACGUUUGUAUCGAGCGCGUUUCUCACCCUGAAGUCUUCCCAGGAGAGUCUUCUCGAUGAGAGGCGCGAGAUAGCGGACGGACAGUCCGCGUCGGAGAGUCGCGAGGCCACCGAUAAACGUCUCAAACGCGUGCAAAUGCUGCUGCCGACCAGCCCUACGCACUACGUUCAGCCACCUACCCCUGAUCAUCCGCCGCCGUCCGCCAUGCAAGCGGAAAGAUCCAUCCACGAGCGCAUUCGUCCGCUCAGCCAGGUGUACAAGCGAAGAUCCCGCGACAUGGAGACGGAAACGGACGAAGAUCUGCUGCAAUUUCCCACCGGUGGAUCGCUCAACGCGUCAAGCGGUUCGCUGUCCAGCGUAUCGCUGUCCGACAAGAGCAUGUCCACGGACAAUGUCGAGGAAUACUUCGGCGACGUGCCGUUUGCAGGUAAACAGCAACGCACGCUUGGCUGCACCGCAUGACGCUUCUUUCUGCCCACGUGUACAUGCAUAACCGUUGUGUUACGUUUCUGUCUUUUUACCGUCUGUCUGAAACACCGCUAACGCGACGAUUGGGAACGUUGCUCUGGGGGAAAUAUGCGCACUAAAGCAAAAGUCUCUCGACUUUUCUCGCGUUUAAGUACGCAAUGUGUUCGUUGAUACGUAUUGUAUAUUGAUAAAAACGAGCAAGGAGGCUGUAAAGCGAGUUGUACAUAUGUAUAGUGUCACCUAUAAAAAAAUCAUGGUGUUGAUGUUUCAGUAAUUUUUACGUAUAUAUUAAAUUACUUUCAUCCUCGUUGUUGUCGACAUUAACAUUUAUACGUGGUGUUCGUGCCGCGUAUAUAAACAGCACAGUAUUUUUAUCUCACAAAAGGUUUGGACAAAAUGGAUGUAAUAACGGCAUGAGGACAGAAAUCGAUAUUAUUUUUUUACCCUUUAUUUGCUUUCAUUUCAUUAUCGUUCGGUGUAUACGGAUAUAUGGGAUAAAGAGAGAUUGGAAUAUUACACAAAGACCUGAUUCUUACUCGUACAAUAAAAUAUACGUUAGGAGAGCAGCUGGUCUGCGUAACAGUAUCUAGAAAAUAUAUUCUAAGAAUAAUUGUGUAAAUAUAUAUACAUACAUUGUUUGCAAUUAAAAUUUAUCCCAACAAUAGCUUGGUACAUGUAAUUGAUUACCUAAGCUCGUCGGAGAAGUUGAGAUGAUAAGAGGACUUCAUUAAAAGAGACAUACUUUGCAUAUUAUGGCACAAACUAUAAAGUAUCGAGAGUUAUUUAUAUGCGCGCAUGUACAUGCCCCACGAUAUUUGAUCCGCCCAAAUGAUAUUUAUAUUUCCAUUAUCCGUUUUACGGAGUAUUUUAUCCGUGCACUCGCCCUUUUGUAAUGCCGUACCAAAACGAACCUUCCGAGUCUGCUCCCGAAAGAAUAGAUAAAUCACGCGGGGCGGUUUUCUCCCUCCCCACAAAAGAGAGAACGUUCCGUACAGCGUCGCGACGUAGAUCUUCCUCGGCUUGAUCGAGCCGGACGUACUUUAGCGUCAGGAACACCGAAAAAGAAGUCCGAAUUUUUCGUCGGUCGUGUUUCGGCAGAUCGGAAGUAGUUCGUGGAUCUACUUUAUCGAAAUUCCCUCUGUUUCUCUUUGAUUUUGGGCGGCGUCGAUAUGGGAUCCGGUCGGCGCAUCUGUGUUUCCCCUUCUCCCUCCACCCCCCCCCCUCCCGAAACGCGAUGGUUCCGGUUUUCCUACGGUAAUAAAAUUUGUCGGUUCUGGAUUUCAAUCUUUGCCGACGCAAAGCGAAAGACGUGCCGCGCAAGCACAAUCGUUGCGCAAAAAGCUAACGAUCCGAGUUCGUUAUUCGGGACUAGCUCCGGUGCACCCUGUUAUCGAUGGUUAUUCCUGGUUAAUCUAAUGGAUUAGGCGAAGUCCUCCGUAGCUAACGAUAGAAAUCUCGAAAACAGAGUGUUCGUCGUGUUAGAAAUGUUAGAAAUAUUAGGGAUUUUUUGCGCAUGUUACGGUUAGAGAGAUAUUAAUAGUUCCUUAGAUUGUAUACUUAUUACAAUUGCAAUGUAUACACAUCGAUAGUCGCUUUAUCACAUAUCUUCACUUUUGCCUUCGCCUCAAUAUGUCAACAAUGUAUGCGAGAUGAAUCAAAUUUCGAUUGCGCCAUAUGUUACUUGAUAUAAGUAGUAAAUAUAGCUAGUCUAUUAGAGAAUCGUUGUCACAUAUAUAACAUCUCUCUCUGGAAAUAUUUAAUUCCAAUAAUUAAUUACAUAUCCAAAAAAUAAGAAAUAUAGUAUAUAUCGAUCUUGUACGUUUAUCUCGCGUUACUAGCAUUUAAUAAAAUUAAAUUAUUUUAUAUUAUUUUAUUUUUUUUAUAUAUAUAAUGCGUCUAAUGGUUGAUAUUUCAUGAUAUUUAUGAUGAAUUAUGAAGUAUACAACAUUUGCAUGUCGACUGUGCAACUUAAUGCAUUUAAUGCAGAAAGGUAACUAUAAGAAAGGCUAUAAAUGCUUGAAAGAAAUUUAAAUUAAAGAUUUAAAAGACUGGAAAUUAUAUCGCAGUGAAGAGAGUUUUGUUAUGUUUUUUAAUUAAAAUUAUAUGAAUAGAUAUAUUUAAAAAAAGAUAUUCUAUAGAUAUUAUAUAAUAAAUUGUUUAUAUGUAGAUUUGGAUUACCAUGUAUUUUUAUUGAGCCAUAUAUUAGAGAUAUAUAUUAGAGAUCUGAUUUUGAUAUUUCUUUUUUUUUUAUAUUAAUUAUACGAUAUUUAUUCAAAAUGUCUCUUCAAAUAAUCUCUAUAACAUUGCUAGAACUGACAAUGAGUAGUAUGUCUUCUUCCCAAUUAAAUGGCAUAUCUUACGAUAAUAAUAAUAUUAAAUAUCAACAAUAUUAAUUGCAUAAUUUUUAUCUUUAUUAUAUACAAAUUAAUUGUUAUGCAUGCAGCAUACAUACAGUAUGAUCAUAUAUUUAUUCAUUCCAAGCGUAAUAAUUGCAGAUUAAUUAUGAAUUAAUAAACUUGAAUUGUGAUCAAUUCUGUGAUUUUCUGAUAUCAUUUUCGAAUAUACUUAGAAAUAUUUAUCAGACUCUAAAAUAAGAGACAGUUGUCAUCUGUUAGGUACAUUGAAUUCGGUCUGGUAAUAUUAUACCUUAUUUUGCGACUGAUUUAAUAUUUUAUUUUGCGUCGAAUGCUUCGUCUAAAUAUUAUAAUGGCUCAACCUCUGUGUAUACGUAUAUAAAAUUAUAUAUGCGCGAUAUAUUUACAUUUUAAAUUUAAGCGAUUAUAAUAUCCUUCAUGUGCUAAUAAACGUGAUGCUGCUAUUGUA